AUGCGUUGGGUUGGCGAAGACCUGGCCUCGUCGGCCGAUGAAUCACCCGACCAUCUUCUCGAACGCUACUGUCACCGCCCCUCCCAUGAUCGAAGUGACCAACCACCAGAGAGCAGCACUACUGAUGGUGACGGCACUACAACUGGGGCGGAUCGAGGCCACAGUGCCCCACUGCGAUUCGACACCUCACCGUUCGACCUCUUCUACUACAAGAAUACAGAAGCGUCGCGCCACGUAGUGAAUUGCCAUCGGCAUGUUGGGUUCAUGACGGUGGUCCCCUGUGCAGCCACGCCAGGCCUCGAACUUCUGGACGCGGCAACGAUGGAGUGGAUCAGCACCCAUCUCACUUCACUUCACCUCAUCACGCCCGCGCCCCCAACCAUGCAGGUCGAACGUACGGGGCGUCCGCACAAGGACGUGGCCCUGUUCUGCGGCCAGAGCCUGCAGACAGUCUCUGAAGGGGUCUACCCUGGCGACCGCGGCUGUCACUCGUCUACGAACUUCGCCCAGCCGUACACGAUUGAGCAGCUGCGCACGGGUGUGUGGGAUGGGGUCGCCAAGCCCCCCCCCCCGCUUGCCACGUCAUCUUUUGUUACAUAG